CCUUCCAAAAAUCCAUCACAUCAACAACAACAACAUCUUCAUCAGAUUUGGAUUGAAAAUAAAAAUGAACGUGAACAUUGGGAUAAAAAAAUUGAAUUCUUAUUGGCUGUUAUUGGAUUUGCUGUUGAUUUGGGUAAUGUUUGGCGUUUUCCAUACAUCUGUUAUCGUAAUGGUGGUGGUGCAUUUCUCAUACCAUACUGUAUUAUGUUGAUAUUUGGUGGAUUGCCAUUGUUUUAUUUGGAAUUAGCACUUGGUCAAUAUUAUAGUAGCGGUUGUUUAACAGUUUGGAAACAUCUUUGUCCAAUUAUGAAAGGUCUUGGAUAUGCAAUCUGUAUAAUUGACAUCUAUAUGGCAAUGUAUUAUAAUACAAUAAUAGCAUGGGCAUUAUAUUAUUUUUUCAUUUCAAUUGGUUCAUUAAUAAAUUUGGAAUUACCAUGGCAAAAUUGUAAUAAUGAAUGGAAUACAGAAUUAUGUCGUACAAUGCAACAUCGUCGUUUGGAAUCCACUAUAUCCACCAUCACCCUUAAUAAUCAAACUGAUUUGGAUAAUAAUUUAACAUUGGUUAGUCCGGCUCACGAAUAUUUUUUUAAUCAUGUGCUUCAUAUUGAUGCAUCCACUGGCAUUGAUUCAAUUGGACCAAUCAAACCAUCACUUGCAAUUUGCCUUAUGAUUGUUUUUCUGGUUGUUUAUUUUAGCUUAUGGAAAGGUGUUAAAAGUACUGGAAAAGCAGUUUGGAUAACGGCAUUAUUUCCAUAUUUUGUCAUUUUUGUAUUAUUGAUACGUGGUACAACAUUGGAUGGUGCAGCCGAUGGUAUACGUUUUUAUUUAUCACCAAAAUGGGAUCGUCUUUAUUCGAUCAAUGUAUGGAUUGAUGCAGCAACACAAAUAUUUUUUUCAUUAGGUCCUGGUUUUGGUACAUUAAUGGCAUUAGCUUCAUAUAAUAAAUUUCAUAACAACUGUUAUCGUGAUGCAAUAAUCACCAGUAGUAUUAAUUGUUUAACAAGUUUUAUAGCCGGUUUUGUUACAUUUUCAAUACUUGGUUAUAUGGCUAAAAAAUUAAAUAAAGAUAUUGAAACGGUUGCUACCGAUGGUCCUGGUUUAGUAUUUAUUGUUUAUCCCGAAGCAAUUGCAACAAUGUAUGGUUCAGUAUUUUUUUCAAUAAUUUAUUUUCUAAUGUUAAUCACAUUGGGUUUGGAUUCAACGUUUGGUGGACUAGAAGCAAUGAUCACUGGUUUAUGUGAUAAUUAUCCACAAUUAUUACGAAAACAUCGUGAAAUAUUUGUUGCCAUACUUAUUGUAUUCAUUUAUUUAUGCGCAUUACCAACAACUACUUUUGGUGGAAAUUAUCUGAUAACAUUAUUGGAUACACAUGGUACAGCAUUAUCCGUAUUGUUUGUUGUUUUUAUUGAAACUAUGGCCAUUUCUUGGUUUUAUGGUAAAUACUGUCAACAACCACCACUGAUCAUUAUGACUGUAAAUCAUAUUUUCUUCUUUCUGUCUUUUUUCUCUCUGUUUGUUUUUGUUCAUAAUUUUAAUUUAGGAACGGAUAAAAUUUCCAAUCAAAUUAACGAAAUGAUUGGACAUAGACCAAAUAUAUUUUGGCGUGUUUGUUGGAAAUGUGUUUGUCCAAUAUUUCUUGGUUUCAUUGCAUUUGCAAGCUUAAUAAAUAAAGAACCAUUAAAAUUAGGUGAUUAUAUUUAUCCAGAAUGGUCGGUUAAUGUUGGUUGGUUAAUAACAUUAUCAUCAUUAUCAUGUAUACCAAUAUAUGCAUUAUAUCAUUUAAUAAUACAUAAACGUGAAAAAUUUUGGCAAAAUUUUAUUAAAUCAUCGGCUACCGGCCAAACAACAACAACAACAGCCGAAAUGACAAACUUGAAUGCUGAUGAUAAUGAUUCAGGUGAUUUAAAGAAUCAACGUCAAUUGGAUGAUACAAUAAUAAUGGGAGAUUCUGUUUGAA